AUGAGCGAGCUCAGCGACACUACCAAACGAAAGCCAGCCUAUCGGUUUACAAUCGCAGCCGACGUUGACCUCCUAAAAGAGGUCGUAUUGGUGGCCCCGUUCGAUGCGGGCUAUGGGCAAACAACUGCUAGGUGGGAUGAGAUCGGUGACAACAUGAGAAGCAUCCAUGGUGAAGCCGUCACAGCAAUCUGCUGCCGCAGGCGGUUCGACGAAUUGCUGGCCGCAUUCAAAAAGGCCACUCUGAAGGCCCUUCGUUCGUCAGGCACGGAAGAGGAAUACAACGAUCGUGAUCAGCUCCUGCAGGACAUCGUUGACUUGGUAAUUGAACAAUGUGCGUAUGUGGUUUGA